UUUGCUUACCUCCUCAUAAAAAGAAAUCAAAUUUGUCUGACAACUUCUGUCUUUUAUGAAUCCAUACUGUUACGUAAAAUAAUUUUUUUUUUUAGCAAAAACUCACCUAUGUGGUCUUUUGUAAAAUCUCCAGCAGGGGCGGACUGACCAUUUGGAAACUCGGGUACUGCCAGUAGAGUAGGGUCAGUAGGGGGCCCCAUGAGGUGCCCCUGGUACCUUUUUCAUAGGCUUUUUUGAGUUUGGGCAAGGACACAGGGUGCCCCAUGAUCCCCUAUUGCUCGGGGGCCCUAUGA